UGUGUAAAAAAGGCCGUUCUGUUAUUACAACUACGGCACAUUACAAUCCUGCGCCACCGCUUGGUCUCGUCGGUAUGGGAAAACUUGACCGAUAUUUACCUGUUUGCCAAUGUUACCCACUCGAGCUACGCAGACUCGAACGCCCUGUCUUACAGACCGAGGACUCUCACUUCAUGAAUGUGUCUCGGCUGUUCCUCGAAGUCAGUCUUGACAGCGUUCUACAGUACCUGCCACCGAGGCACCGGAUGAAGGCGCCUCGAGUCAAGAUGUCAUCGAACGUCCAUUACUGGCUACGGAUAGCAAUGCAAUUAGGCAAAUUUGGCAUAUCAUACUGGCGACAUCACCCGGUCGAGCGUAGAGUGCUGCGCAAAGAAUGUCUCGUUACAAGACGUCAAAUUUCUACACGGAAGGGCGGCCGGUUUGGCAAAUCACCACGAGCCACACUUUACAGUCACAAAAGCCUUGUUCUUUCAAAGUCUCGUUCGCAAUUGCAAGCCCACUGCUGGGCCGAUCACAGCCUAAGCUACGAUCAUCUUAGUGCUAUCUAUCUGUAUGGUAUCUGUCGCAAUACCCCUUGUCUCCUUCCCCCGCGUCUUCUACAGUUUAGGAACAUUCCUACAGACACUCUCAUCCAAGAUGAAUCGCACCCGCUCAUUGACCGACACGCUGGCGGAUCAUGCUGGUCUGGCAACUGUGGCAGCGUUGAUGUCUACAGUUGGGACAGAAUACGUCAAGCUGAAUGUUCCACGGGCCAUUGGUGGUACAAUGAUCCUAAAGGCAGAGCAUGUUAGUCGGACGAUGCCAUACAAAAGGCAAUAUGAGCUGGGAUGGGGCCAUCACUCACACAAUACCAGACCAUGACGUCAACGUACUGCCUCUUGCCGCUAGAACCAGAACUGCUGCCGUGGGGUUUUCCGUGGGAGCUGCCGUGGCCCUUGGAGCUUGAACUCUUGUGGUGACCCAUUGCUGGUGUUGAUGUUUGAUGUGGUAGAAAGAGGUUAAUGAAGGUCUGGAGAGUGAUGAGAGUGAUGAGAGCGUGCUAUAGCGGUU